GACUUUCAUCGCUGCCCAACACUUACAUUCAAUUUUUUUGUAUAAAAAAACAAGCCAGCAGCAGCUGACGUCGGUGUCGCGAUAUAAUGUCCCAAAAUACGAAUUAAAUGGCUUAGGCUGGUUAUCAAACCAAAGAAAGCAUCCUGUGAGAUUGUGUAAUACUCCCUGUCCAUCUGUAUGUCAAGUAUUUACUAACCAAAAAAGUGCGAAUUCGCUAUCAAAACACACACAAAAGUCGUGCCGUGAAGGAGUCGGUUUUUAAGCAAAUUAGUUUCUCUUCGUGACACCUUGUUUAACCUAAUCUAAGUUUGUGAAUGCAUUAAAAAGUAUACGAAAAUAUCACUCGCAGACGUACUAUUUCAACACCCAAAAAGUUCUUUGUGCUGUGAACAAAUAUUUUAUCGACGUUUCAGUUUGCCAUCAACACAAACAGACACACACACUCUUCACGCGUUCAUUACAUACACAAACGUAUGUACAUAUGUAAGGGCGCUGAAGAUACAGAUACACGUGCGCUCAGCUGUGCCCCCCACCCAAAUGACGCCUGUUUUCAUUCAAGUCUGAUCCUGCACAAAUCGCGACUCUUUGAGACUGAGAAACAACGACACACUGCUCUGCAACGAGAUUCAUUCAACAGAUACAUCCCAGGAUACAUCCCCCGAUGAGAUAAGCCCCCCCAUUCAUUUCAACAUCUUCGAGUGUCGUACAGCGAGAACCCACCGUCAUGGGGAAAGAUGGGAGGGCACACAAGCCCCCAAAGAAGAAGGCCGCAACGAUGUUGAGUGGAAUCGAAGAAGUACCAGCGCCAGAGGCAGCCCCAACUCCAACGGCAGCCGGUGGAAGGGCUAGGGGAACCAGCCCCCAUCCCCCGGCUAGUGGUGGGACCAUUGCGGCUUUGGUGAGCGGCUUGCACCACUCGGGGGCACGUGACAUCCAGUCGCUGCACCAGCCACUGCUCGAUUGCGAGGAGCGGGCCCUGGCCAUCAAGCAACACCUCAGAGGGCAUCGGGGCCAUGGCACUGAGGCGUCGCCCCACGAGUCCAUGCCGCGAUUCAUAGUCGAUAUCGAGGAGGAGCCAUCGGAGUCGUCGCAGAGUAUUGGAGGGCAGGAACACCAGGAUCAGGAACACCCAGAGCAAGAGCAUAGUGGCGGUGGCGGUGGUGGUGCCGGCGCGAGCUCCUCUCGACGCUUCAGUCACUUCAAUCUGGCCCUGCGACGUUUCUCCCACAUCCAUGUCCAUAACAUAAAUCGCUACGGAGAAUCCAUGGGUUCGCUGGGACAUCGCGCCUUGCUACAGUUCAUCGAUAAUAAUGAUAUUUCCGGGCUGCGCGCCAUCCUUGACAGCCGCCACCUGAACAUCGAUGAUCGGGAUGAGAAUGCCACCACCGUGCUGAUGGUUGUGGCCGGACGGGGUCUCACAGCAUUCGUUCGGGAAUUCCUGGCACGCGGCGCCGAUGUCCAGGCCGAGGAUCUGGACAGCUGGACCGCUCUGCUGUGUGCCGCCCGCAAUGGGCACUUUGAUGUCGUCCAACUUCUACUGGAUCAUGGCGCUGAGGUCGAGCAUCGCGAUAUGGGGGGCUGGACGAGUCUGAUGUGGGCCGCCUAUCGGGGGCACACGGAACUGGUGCGGCUGCUGCUGGAAAAGGGGGCCGAUGGCAAUGCGCAUGGCAACUACCACUUAGGGGCCCUGCUCUGGGCAGCGGGACGGGGCUUCAAGGACAUUGUGGAGCUACUGGUGCAGCGCGGCGCCAAGGUGAAUGUCGGCGACAAGUACGGAACGACAGCCCUCGUCUGGGCCUGUCGACGGGGCAACGUGGAGAUCGUGGACACUCUGCUGAAGGCCGGUGCCAAUGUCGACACUGCUGGGAUGUACUCGUGGACUCCACUGUUGGUGGCAGCUGCCGGUGGACACACGGACUGCGUGAGUUCCAUUCUGGAGAAGAAGCCGAAUGUGAAUGCUCUGGAUAAGGAUGGAAUGACGGCCCUGUGCAUCGCCAGUCGUGAGGGAUUCCAGGAUAUUGCUGCCUCCCUGAUAGCAGCCGGCGCUUACAUCAAUAUCCAGGAUCGUGGGGCGGACACGCCCCUCAUUCACGCCGUAAAGGCCGGCCAUCGCACCGUUGUGGAGGCGCUGCUGAAGAAGCACGCAGACGUGGAUAUCCAGGGCAAGGACCGCAAGACGGCCAUCUACACGGCCGUGGAGAAGGGCCACAUCCAGAUCGUGAAGCUGCUGCUAUCCACGAACCCCGACCUGGAGUCGUCCACCAAAGACGGCGACACACCGCUCAUGCGGGCCGUGCGCAAUCGCAAUCUGGAGAUAGUCCACAUGCUGCUCGACCGCAAGGCCAAGGUGAUGGCCGCCGAUAAGCGCGGCGACACCUGUCUGCACAUAGCCAUGCGAGCGCGCAGCAAGGCGAUAGUGGAGGCGCUCCUGCGCAAUCCCAAGCACAGCCAGCUCCUGUAUCGGGCGAACAAGGCGGGCGAAACGCCCUACAACAUCGACACCCUGCACCAGAAGACGAUACUCGGCCAGGUGUUUGGGGCCAGGCGUCUUAACACCAACGAGGACUCCGAGGGCAUGCUGGGCUACGAGCUGUACUCCUCCGCCCUGGCAGACGUGCUCAGCGAGCCCACGCUGACGACGCCCAUCACCGUCGGACUCUACGCCAAGUGGGGCAGCGGCAAGAGUUUCCUGCUCAACAAACUGCGCGACGAGAUGAACAACUUUGCCAAACAGUGGGCCGAGCCGCCCGCGAAGACCAGCGGCCUCCUGUUCAUCGUGUGUCUGCACGUGGCGUUGCUCAUCGGCACCAUUGUCGGGCUGAGCACCUGGUCGACGGUCUGCGGCGUGUCAUCCGCCGCAGCCUUCAUGCUGGUGGCCUACUUGUUGCUGGCGGCUGUGAAAUACUGCAACUAUCAGAUGGACAUGCUCUGGGCCUAUUCCGUGCAGCAUGGUCUGGAGAAGCGAAUGACACGGCUGCGCCUCAUCCUGCAGGUGGCAUUCUGCCACCCGCCUGGCCCCCAGUCCGAUUCCCAAGCCAAGCCGGUGCGCUUCCACUUUGCGGAGGCCAACAGUGCAUCGCCGACGGGCGACGGAGCCGUGGCCCACAUGCUGGCGGCCCUUCUGGGUGCCUUGGAGUCACACUACGGCUGGCUGGCCACCCGCCUGUACCGCGCGUUCCGCCCCAAGUGCCUCAAGGCGGACGUGGGCUGGCGCUGGCGGCGCAUGUGCUGCAUUCCCAUUGUCGUAAUCUUCGAACUGGCGCUGGUCACCCUGGUAACUGGCAUCUCCCUAAUCGUGGCCUACUUCACGUACGCCAAUGCCAAGGAGCGGGAGCAGAUCCAGGUGGUGCUCUAUGUGGUGGCCGCCAUCCUGGGCACCCUCAUCUGCACGCACCUGCAUGUUCUUGCCAAGGUAUGCGUCGCCCUGUUCACCUCCCACAUCCGGCAGCUGAAGCGAGCGGUGCGCACCAGCGAAACGGCUCCCCUGACGAUGCUCGGCGCCGAGGUUGCGGUGAUGACGGACAUGGUCAAGUGCCUGGACUCGUUCACCAAUCAGCAGAGCCGGCUGGUGGGCGUGAUCGAUGCCCUCGACUCGUGCGACACGGAACGCAUCCUCACCCUGUUGAACGCCGUCCAGACGCUGCUCUCCACGCCGAACCGUCCGUUUGUGCUGCUCAUCUCGGUGGAUCCCCAUGUGAUUGCCAAGGCGGCGGAGGCCAACAGUCGACGUCUGUUCACCGAGGGUGGCAUCGGGGGCCACGACUUCCUGCGGAACCUGGUCCAUCUGCCCGUCUACCUGCAAAACUCCGGGCUGCGCAAGGUGCAGCGAGCCCAGAUGACCGCCCUGCUGUUCAAACGGAGUGGCGGCGGCGGUGAGUACCAGAACGACGAUGGACCCACCCUGGGGCACUCUGUAUCCGCGCGACGUCUGUCCAAUGCCUCGGAGAUCGUUUCGAGCCAGGAGAAACUGCGUGGGCCGGCACGACCAGGCGGGGGCAAGAAGCUGCGCCUCUCCGAGUCGGUGGCCAGCUCGACGGGCUCCAAUCUGCAUCGCCUGGGUCAAAAUCCCCAGGGUGUGCUCGACCUCUCGCGGAUAGUGCUCACCGAUGACUACUUCAGUGACGUGAAUCCGCGCAGCAUCCGGCGGCUGAUGAACGUCAUCUACAUCACGGUGCGGCUGCUGAAGGCCUUCCAGAUUGACUUUAGCUGGUACCGUCUCAGCUCCUGGAUCAACCUGACGGAACAGUGGCCCCUGAGGGCCAGCAUGAUAGUGCUCCAUCACGACCAGUUCAUGGACACCAGUGCGGAUGAGAAUGUCUCCCUGCAGAGCGUAUACGAGAAACUGCGGCCCAAGCUUGCGUAUUUGCGAGAGGCUGCACCGCUUCUGGAGCUGGAUCGGGAUGAGCGGAAGCUGGAUGCCUUCCUGCAGCUCCACAAAUCGGACUUGCUUGUGGCAGACUUGCGCAUCUUUCUGCCCUUCACCAUCAAUUUGGAUCCGUAUUUAAGGAAGGUUCUGAAGGAGGAUCAGCAGACAAUUGAGGAUGAGAGCUCGCUUGUAAUCCAAACCAGACCGAGCGUAUACAACCAAAUGCGUCAGCAGCCAGCGCCCACCACAUAUGUGCCUUCGCCACAGCCACAGCCCUAUCCGCCCUACCAAGUGUUCCAGAACGAUUUUGUGCCCAACGAGAUGCGAUCGAGGAACCUCAGCUCAAGUACGGAGCCCGUAUCGCCGCUGAUUGCCUCGCCCAGCGAUUCCUUUGGCGAGGACAUAUUGCUGACACGUCUCACGGAUCUGACAGUGGAGGGUGUCAUCAGCCUGCUAGAGCGCAUUGAUGACAUGAAGCCGGCCAUGCCGAAGCUGGCGCCGGUGCUCCGUGAUAAUGCCAUCAAUGGACGCGUAUUAAAGCACUGCGAUAUGCCAGAUCUCAAAUCGGUGCUGGGCCUGAGCUUUGGCCACUGGGAGCUGUUUCGCCUGCUGAUCACAACGCUGAGGGAAUGCGAGCGACAGCCGAGGAAGCAGAAUCGCGCACUGCCGCAGGUCGCCGCAGUGGAGGCGCCGCCAGUUACUGUGCCCAUGAUCAAGGAUGUGACGGAUGCCCUGGUGCCGCCGCGCGAGUCCUUGUCGCGCAAGAACUCGGUCAGUCACAUGGAGAAGCAGUCGAAAGUGCACGACUACGAGUAUCUCCAGGUCACACUGGAGGAGCAAAUGAUUUGCGGCACUUUGCAAACACUCAACGAGGAGGCGUACGAGGACGUGGCCAGCAGUGAGCGACCCAGUCCCACAGGUGAGAUGUUAGCUACAGCCUCACAACUGCAAUUGGCACCCAUACGCGAGUCCUCCGAGUUCGGCUCGCCUUCCGACGAGCUGAAGCUGACUAGCAUCCUGCAGCACCAUGCCAAGACUCAGAACAACAACAACAAGCACGCGGUGCCGGGCUCGUACUUGCAUGCCGAUUACAAUCGCAGCGCCAGCUCCCAUUCCCUACAGAGUCUGGGCGCUGGUGGUGGCAAUGGGGGCAACGGGAACGGUAACGACUAUUGCGGUAGCACCUUCGAUCUUAUGCAUGUAGAAUCUGUCGGUGGCGGUAUCUAUGAGAUGCAUCGUGCUGCGGCACGACAAAUCUCGAUUAGCAGCGAGCGACUAACCGAACCCAGCUCUCUGCCCCUGCCCCUGGUGGUGGUCAUACCCAAUGGCUCCUCGGGGGAGCAGCACUACGACGACACAAAGCUGUGAGAUGUCCAGUCUUUCCCGUCGUCUGAAACUGAAACUAUGUAAAGUGCAUGUGAAGUAUUACGGGAACUGGGAUUGCGGGCUUUCUAACUUAACCUAUAGUCUGACAAUGGGCAAAACCAUUUUAAAAUUGGACCAAUUGUCAAUGAAUCCUGUAAGAAACCAAAGCAGACCAAACCAAAAACCAAAACAUAUAUCAUCUGGAACAUUCUUUUAUGCCUUGUUUGAUUUACUUUUACUUUGGCUUGGCUUCGAUCUGGACAGUAUUAUCGUAUUAUCUAUCUAUAUCUAUCUAAAGUACUAAAAUUUGAGUUGUGCGACGAUUACUAAUUCAUUCCAAUUGUUAUAUUCGAAAGACGAUUAGUUUAGUUUGAUUAAUUAUUGGCCACAAGACAUUUAAAAUUGUGAACAACCAACCCUCCACCCACACACCACACACCACACAUGGCAAGAACUCCAGUCUAACAUAAAACAUGAACAUCUAACAACUAACCCUAACUAAGCCUACCCUCACGGAGACACCCCUUCCCCACCCAAGAAGAAAGUAUCAAUCAAAUAAAUGAUAAACUUAUGAACAACUCUCUA